AUCUUUACGUUUUGGAUUGGAUAAUCGGUUGUUGACUCAUUUCAACACCCCAACUGAGUAGCUGCGGAAUGAACACAGUUCCAAAAUUCCAAUCUUGGGGCAACCAGCGAGCAGCAAGAAUGAUAUCUGCAACUACUGCGUUAAUAGGGCGACCUUCUUCUUCUUCACCAUUAUCAUUACUCCUAAAAGCUAAAACACCUCGUCGGAUUUUGAUCCCUUCGGCUUCAUUUUCCUCAUCUCUUCCCUCUCGGAAACUCAUUCUGUACUCCAAACCCGGAUGCUGUUUGUGCGACGGCCUCAAAGAGAAACUACAAGUCGCCUUUCUGCUCGCCGGCCCCGAUUCUCUCCACGACGUCGAUUUACAGGUGAGGGAUAUCACUACUAACCCAGAAUGGGAGAAAGCUUACAAGUACGAGAUUCCCGUGCUCGCAAAAGUGCGCUCUGAUGGCUCCGAGGAAGUACUUCCUCGGCUAUCUCCUCGUCUGGGGGUGGAGUUUGUUCAGAAGAAACUGGCAGCUGCCCUACAGUAGAAGAAAGGGUUUGCAAAAAAGGGAGGAGGUCGGGGAAGGGAAAAAGUGCAGAAAAGCUAUAUUUGACCUGGUCAAAAGUUGCAAACAUGAGCAAACACAAUACUCAUUUGUGAAAGUUUUGUAGGUUUCUUAUCUCCACAUGAUACCAGAGUUCCAAACUUGUAAGUUUACUCAAUCUCUCUUGGGUUCAUUGCAAAAACCUCUCUUUUUUGUUGUAAACAUAUAAUUGAUCUCUUCUUAUAUUGUGACAGCUCAAAAAAGAAAAGGCUUUAGCUAUUUAAUUUGACCUUCUAAGUUCUUUCAUAUCUUUAAAGUUAAAAAACAAUGAAAGUAACUAAUAGUUCUUUUCAUGAAGGGGAGGUUCCUUUACCCGACUUCCCCCGCCGACCAUGUGAUCUGUUUUGCUAAUCCUCAAAUUUUAGUUUUUACUGUUAGAUUUUGUUUGUUCUUUAUCAUUGCUCGAUUCUCUAUCUCCCCAUGGCAAAGGAAUUUUGUACUGUUUUUGAAAUCACAUUCAAGAUUUGGCUUGCCACUCAAGCUUAGGCUGUUUUUGCUUUCCUCCUUUAUUGCAUCUGACUGGCUUACUAUCAAUCAAUCAUCAAACACUUGCUGCCAAAACAAAGGCGCUUUUGCCUUCUUCUUUUUUAUGUACUGCAAUGACAAGGUUUCAUUCAUUUCUUUGAUCCCUACAGCAAACAAACUUCAAUUCUUUUCUCUCUCUCUCUCUCUCUCUCUCUCUCUCUCAUUCUUCCUUUUGAAAAAAGGAUGACCAAACUUUGUGUCAAAAACUUUAUAUAAAUGGGGUCUCUUGCUUUUGGAGUUGCUACUACUUGUUUUACUCGAUCAAACUUGUCCAAUAAUUUACAUUAGAUUCCUUUAGCAAUUGGGAUUUGUAAUUUAAUGGCAACUUAUUUUCACA